AUGGCCACCGACGAAAACAGGGCUCUGUCAACUGGUAAUUCCAGUACUGAUUUGUCAGAGAAAUUCGAUCGGUUCCUCCAAACCCUGCAACAGCCUACACAAACAGCAAUCCCACAGUCAAUUACACUUAAUGUAAAACUCAAUCAACAUAAUUUUCCGAUUUGGUCCAGACUCAUGAAAGUUGCAAUCGGGGGCAGAGGAAAGCUCCGGCAUCUGACCGGAAAUCCUCCUCCACCAUCCACAGAUUCCCCAAAAUAUUCAAAGUGGGAAGAGCACGAUCUCACAAUCUGUUCAUGGCUCUUAGAGAAUAUGGAGCCAGAUGUGAUGUUGAACUACGCUGAGUUCCCAUUAGCUCGAGAAAUAUGGAAUAAUCUGACCCUGACUUUUGCUCAGAGUCGGGAUGGGGUUCAGAUAUUCGAUUUAAUCGUAAAAGCCAACACAAUUCGACGGGGCACCGAUUCUAUUGAGGAUUUUUUCAGUAAAUUACAGAGGCUCUGGAGGGAUAUUGAGCAACGACAAAUUAAUCCCAUGAGGUGUCCAGAGGACGUUGCCAUAUUCAACCAACUCCGGUCAGAACAGAAACUAUAUCAGUUUCUGGCCGGAGUCGGAGAAGAAUUCGCUACUGACCGAAGGGAACUCCUGAACCAAGAACCACUGCCAGCGGUUGAAACCGCGUAUGCAACAAUCAGAAGGGAGCGGGACAGGAGAAUCGUUAUGGGACACAACGAGCCGUCACCGGCCGAAGCCUCGGAAGGAGCAGGUUCAUCACGCCGGAGCGGCGGCGACAAAUCGAAGCUAUGGUGCACCCACUGUGGCCGGAAUCGCCACACAAAGGAGACGUGUUUCCUCCUGAUAGGGUUUCCAGAAGGGUGGGAUAACCGGCAGCGAGAAAGCCAGAUUAGAGAGGCAGCAGGUUCAGUUCACAGAAAACCAACCGCCACCAUGGCUGUUGAAGCCGGCUGCGGUAGCUCUGCAAAACCUGAAGAGAAAGGAAUGGUGGCUAGGGCACAAAUGGCGGCCGCUGCAAAGAAAGGUAAAGGGUGUGGAUUUGGUGUUUUGGGUCAGGGGGAGUUCUUUUCUAGUAUUGGGCUGGGACAAGUUUUGGACCAGGGAGAGUUAUAUGGUUCUGGGCCAGACGAACGAACAGGGCUGGGAGAUGUUGGUUUAGUCCAGUCCAGUUAUGUGGACCAAGGCCAUAUUAUGUCUGUUGGGCCUGGAUCUAGUCCAUGUUAUUUGACCCAAAAUGCAGAAAAAGACCCACGAUGGCUCAUCGAUAGUGGGGCAACAGACACCAUGACAUUUGACCAAAGGGACUUUGUUUCGUUAUCCCUGUCUCCCAACAAGUUAAUCCAGAAUGCUAAUGGUGGACUGUCAGAAUCUCAGGGGACAGGAGAGAUAGAUUUUUCAACAGACGAUAUUCAGUCGGGGAAGGUGAUUGGGAGUGGCACUGAAAGCAAUGGGCUGUACUAUGUGGACGAGGUUGUUCGUGGCGGAAUGGUUGCAUUGUCCCAUGGCACAGUAGAAAGGCAGCAGUGGUUAUGGCAUAGACGCCUUGGUCAUCCUUCCCUAGGUGUCUUUGUUCACAUUCCAAAAAUACACCGUUCAAAGUUUGAUCCGUGUUUUCUUAAGUGUGUGUUUGUUGGGUAUGGGACUCACCAGAAGGGAUACCGGUGUUAUCACCCAUCUUCUCGUCGUCUUUACACGACACUGGACUGCAAAUUUGUUGAAACCGAGUUUUUCAAUUCCACCCAACUCAGUGAUCAGGGGGAGAUUCAAACCAUAGGAGAUCCGCUGAGUUGUUUCUCGGUUCCGUCAUACGAGCAACCUCGUCCAGGAGACGAAGAUAGUCCACAACCUUCCCUGCUGGAUAUUCCUGACGAAAACCUCACUAAGGUAACUUCUACUUCUGAUCUGCACACUAAUAAUGAUGCUGUUGUGCCUACUCCUUCAGAUCAGGUUCAAGAGGAGGAUGGGGAAGCAGUGGUCGAGACCAUACCUGAUCAGGAGAUUUAG